AUGCUUUUUCAGGGAUCAUUGUCAUUUAAGGAUGUUUCUGUGGACUUCACAUGGGACGAGUGGCAGCUACUGAACUCUGCUCAAAAGAGUUUGUAUAGAAAUGUGAUGCUGGAGAACUUUAGCAGCCUUGUAUCACUGGUGAAUGUGGCAAAGCCUUCCGAGAAAAGUCAAGUUUCAGUGAUCAUCAGAGGGUUCAUUCAGGAGAGAAACCCUAUGGAUGCGUUGAAUGUGAUAAAGCCUUCAGUGGGAAGUCACUCCUUAUUAGACAUCAGAAAACUCAUUCUGGUGAAAAACCCUAUGGAUGUAAUGAAUGCGCGGCGCGAAUACCCUUCAACCUUCUCUGGUACGCACACGGAGUGCGGAUACAUCCCAGGACCGGGACUUGCCGCGUCAGAGACCGACGCUGCAAACCGCUCCAGGCUCCGCUCUAGCCGCCGAUCUCGGUGGGUGUCGCCUCCGGCCAAUCGCAGAGAGCCCACGCCAGCUUGCCCCGCCCCGCGGAUCAGCUGA